AUGAAAUUAUUGUCAAAUUUAAUUCUGACAGUACUUGGCACUCCUGUCGUCCUCUGGCACGGAAUGGGGGACAAUUGCUGUCACAGUUUUUCAAUGGGCGCAGUUUCAAAAAUGAUCCAGAAGAAAAUUCCGACAGUCGAAUAUGUCAAAUCUCUGAUGAUUGGCGACUCUGAAGGUUCCGACACUAGCAAUGGAUUUUUGAUGCCAGUUUUUCAACAGCUCGAUUUGGCAUGUCAGCAGAUUCAAGCUGAUCCAGCUCUUCAAAAUGGCUACCACGCUGUAGGAUUCAGUCAAGGAGGACAGUUUCUAAGAGCUUUGGCCCAAACCUGUCCUUCUCCACCGAUGAAGAAUCUCAUCUCGAUCGGUGGCCAGCAGCAAGGAAUCUUUGGCUUUCCAAAGUGCCCCGAUGGAAGUUCAAUUUGCGAGUACGUCCGAAAAAUGCUCAACUGGGGCGCCUACACUUCUUUCAUUCAAAGCAGACUGGUUCAAGCUCAGUACUGGCACGACCCGCUGCAAGAAGAAACUUACAAGGAAUAUUCUCAGUUCAUCGGAGUCGUCAACAACGAACACGAAUUCAACCAGACUUACAAGGACAACUUGCUGAAGCUCGAAAACUUGGUGCUCGUCAAAUUCGAAAAGGACUCAAUGGUCGUCCCAAAAGAAUCCUCCCAUUUUGGCUACUAUUCGCCCGGCCAAGAUGCAGAAAUACUCCCUUAUGAUCAGACAGAACUUUACACAGAAGACCGAAUUGGUUUAAAAACGCUCGAUACUGCCGGAAAGUUGCACUUUUUCACCUUCGCUGGAGAUCAUCUCAGAUUUACCGACGAAGAAUUUACAGAGAACCUCGCCCAAUUUCUUGCUUGA